AUGGUGCUGCCCAUGUCGCUGCUGCGCACAGCGCAGAAUCAGCCCAUGAUGGUGGAGCUGAAGAACGGUGAGACGUACAGUGGAGUGCUCGCAUCUUGUGACGGUUUUAUGAAUCUCCACAUGCGCGACAUCGUGUGCACCUCUCGCGACGGCGAGCGCUUCUGGAAGAUCCCCGAGUGCUAUGUCCGUGGCAACAGCAUCAAGUGCCUAUAG